AUGAGUAGGUUUGUGACCGGCGUAUCCGACCAAGUCAAGGAAGAGUGCCAUACGGCAAUGCUCCAUAAUGACAUGAACAUUUCUAGGCUCAUAGUCUAUGUUCAAUCCAUUGAGGAGUCCAAACUUAAGAGGAUGAAUAGGAAUGUGAAGAGGGGUAGAUCCGAUGAGCAAAGUCAACCUAGGUUCAAGAAGAGGGCUCAAGAUCAAGAUUUUUCAAGUGCUCCUAAGGUUAACCAAGAUAAAGGUGGUGAAUCUCAAUUUUCUAAACCUACUUGCACCACUUGUGGCAAGAGGCACUAUGGGAAGUGCCUAGCCGGUACUAAUGGAUGCUAUGGUUGUGGGAAGAAUGAUCACAAGGUGAAAGAUUGUCCUACUUUUACGGCUAGAGGAAGGGAGGCAAAGCAAGCUUCUAAAGAUGGAAUGGUUCCUAUUCCUCCAAAUUAUGGUCGUUUCUAUGCUCUCCAAGCUAGCAAGGACAAGGAAGCUAAUCCGAAUGAAGGCGCCG